GGGGCUGAGACUGUGACAAUUUAUCCCGGAAGUUGAAUGCCCGGGUUUGCGAUGAACAUAUAUGUUUUCUUGAUGUCCUUCCUUUACAGCAUUGGCGUUUCACGACUAUCAUGAUCGGUCUUUACCCGACAACUUGAGACAGCAGAACAUCCUUUCCUAGCUAACAUUUAUCUACCUUUGGGGCUUAACACCACUGGCCUUGGGUAGUUUGAUUAUAUUCUAACUAUUCGACCCAAGAGAUCUGGUCUUGUACCCUAACCUGGAAUCAUGGCGACAAAGCGAAAAGCUUCCGCUUUGAACGCGGGCGAUGACGAGCCUGUCGACCCCUCGGACGAAUUGGCAUUCUACUGCCUCGGUGGAGGAAACGAAGUCGGUCGAUCAUGUCAUAUCAUUCAGUACAAGGGCAAAACUGUCAUGCUCGAUGCCGGCAUGCACCCUGCGAAAGAAGGCUUCUCGGCCCUCCCGUUCUUUGACGAGUUCGAUUUGAGCACGGUGGAUAUACUCCUCAUUAGCCAUUUCCACGUUGACCACUCCUCCGCGCUCCCAUACGUCCUUAGCAAGACCAACUUCAAGGGCCGCGUUUUCAUGACCCAUGCGACCAAGGCGAUCUACAAAUGGCUUAUCCAAGACAACGUUCGAGUCAGCAAUACGGCGUCGUCGUCGGAUCAGCGCACUACCCUUUAUACAGAGCACGACCACCUGUCUACCCUUCCGCUGAUCGAAACAAUCGAUUUCAACACGACCCAUACGAUUAACAGCAUUCGUAUAACCCCGUUCCCAGCUGGCCAUGUGCUCGGGGCUGCCAUGUUUCUGGUUUCGAUCGCUGGGUUGAACAUACUUUUCACUGGUGACUAUUCACGGGAAGAGGACCGGCAUCUUAUUCCAGCAGAGGUACCGCGUGGCAUCAAGAUCGACGUGCUUAUAACGGAGUCAACUUUCGGAAUCUCAUCCAACCCGCCUCGUUUGGAACGCGAAGCGGCUCUGAUGAAGUCGAUCACGGGGGUGUUGAAUCGCGGGGGCAGAGUUCUGAUGCCAGUGUUUGCUCUCGGUCGAGCGCAGGAGUUAUUGUUGAUUCUUGACGAAUAUUGGGAGACACACCCCGAGUUGCAGAAGAUCCCGAUCUACUACAUCGGUAACACCGCACGGAGAUGCAUGGUGGUAUAUCAGACGUAUAUCGGGGCGAUGAACGACAAUAUCAAGCGGCUUUUCCGCCAGCGUAUGGCGGAAGCAGAGGCGAGUGGUGACAAGAGUGUCAGCGCUGGACCGUGGGAUUUCCGGUUUGUUCGGAGUCUGCGGUCCCUGGAACGCUUUGAUGACGUUGGGGGGUGCGUUAUGCUGGCUUCGCCGGGUAUGUUGCAGACAGGAACAAGUCGGGAGUUGUUAGAGCGUUGGGCUCCCAACGAACGUAAUGGCGUUGUCAUGACCGGCUACAGUGUCGAGGGCACGAUGGCCAAGCAAAUCCUCAACGAACCCGAACAAAUCCCUGCCGUGAUGUCAAGAGCCACGACUGGUGUGAUUAGAAGAGGUAUAACUGGUAAUGACGAAGACCAGAAGGUCAUGAUACCCCGACGAUGUACCGUGGAUGAAGUCAGCUUUGCCGCUCAUGUGGACGGCGUGGAGAAUAGGAACUUCAUCGAGGAAGUUGCAGCACCUGUUGUGAUUCUUGUACACGGCGAAAAGCACCAGAUGAUGCGACUCAAGUCAAAGUUGUUAAGUCUCAAUGCAGACAAGACCGUCAAGGUCAAAGUCUACACCCCAGCGAAUUGCGACGAGGUUCGUAUCCCGUUUAGGAAAGACAAGAUCGCCAAGGUUGUGGGUAAAUUGGCGCAAGUGGCACCUCCUGAGCAAGAAGAUGGCCCCCUUAUGGCAGGUGUGCUCGUCCAGAACGGCUUCGACUUGUCGUUGAUGGCUCCAGACGACCUUCGCGAGUACGCAGGUCUCACCACGACAACGAUCACAUGCAAGCAACACCUUACACUCAGCUCUGCAAGCAUGGACUUGAUUAAAUGGGCAUUGGAGGGCACAUUCGGUGCCAUUGAGGAAAUUGGUACCCGCAAGAAAGACGACGUCAAGGGGGAAGACAUGGAGGAGGACUCCGUGAUGAAGACUGACGAGGAAGAGCCCAAGGUCAAAGAGGAAGCAGCCGAUGAAGAGAUCCCCAUGGAAAACGAACAAACCUAUCUAGUCAUGGGCUGUGUGAUUCUCCGAUACCACCCGCGGACCCGCGAGCUCGAGCUUGAAUGGGAGGGUAACAUGAUGAACGACGGGGUGGCAGACGCGGUCAUGGCUGUUCUUCUCACGGUGGAAAGCAGUCCGGCAUCCGUAAAACAAUCUGCAAAACACAACCAUCAUCAUCACCAUCAUCACGACGACGAUCUGUUGGAACUCCCCAAUCCUCACGCGGCGCAAUCCGUCGACGAGCGCUUCGCUCGACUCCUCAUGAUGCUAGAAGCGCAAUUCGGUUCAGACAUUGCCCCCAUCGAACGCCCCCGAAACAAGCAACCCGACGGCGCACCCAAAAGCGAGACCACGACCCCAGCCGAACCCGACGGCACGCAGACCCCUCAACCCAAAAAUGAAGACUCGGACGAAGUAACAGAAUGGGAAGCAACAGAGCUGGCACGGCUCCACGCCCUGGGAAUUCCCUUCCCCGGAAUCGAAAUCAAGAUCGACAAGCACGUUGCGCGCGUGUGGCUGGAAGACCUUGAAGUCGAGUGUGCGAAUAACGUGGUGAGGGACCGUGUCCGUGUUGUCACGGAGCGCGCGGUCGAAACCGUUGCGAGCAUGUGGACGGAGGAUCCCAAGACGACGGGCCCUCAUGCUACGAAUGGGGAUGCGAGUGAGCGGGCUAUCGAUGACACGGCUAUGGCUAAGGGUGCGGAGGUUGACGCCAAGGCAUGAUUAACGUGUUAGGCAUAUUUCGUGUAUUAGUAUCGUGGUUUUUAACUUUUACCUUGCUGUUUAUUGAUGGAUUCUGGGAUGUGUACGCACGAUUUAACGGGAAAUGUAUGGGCGCUUUUCUUCUGGUUGCU